AUGCUAAUCGGAUCACUCGCCUCUCCUGCUUCGAAAUCGGAAGAUAAAGAAGAAUUGUCUCCAAACAACGCAAUAGCGAACCACGCACUACACACGCACUAUAUUACUCCACUACCACCAACACUAAUACAGAAGUCGCACACCAGAUUUGCCGACACAGGGGGCAACGGAGGACAGCAGCCGGCCGACGAGUUAAUCUCUCGCGAUGAUAACGAACACCGUAUCGUUAUUUACAAUGGCCUCGUUAAUAUGGCGCGGCUAAUCACAGCAUAUCGACCCGGAACGGGCCACGAUCAGACGCCAAAUCCUGCAGCUCGCGCUCUGAAAAGUGGAACUCCGCUCCAAGGGGCAACGAAACCUCACGAGCGCUGA